GUUUCAAUUUGGAUGUGUAUCUCCUGGGUUAGAUCACAGCAUAUGCUUUUUUUAUCUUUUCUUGUUGAAUUACAGCAUUGCCAAUUUCCUAGCUGUUGCAAGUCACUCUAUUUUCUUGCUCUUGCUUCUUUUGAGAUUUUGUUUGUAUAUGUUUGGUUUGGAUAUGUAUCUUAUUUGUCAGGCUUCCAUGAUCAUGCACUUUAAUAUUGACCUUUCCUUUUCUCCUUUCUCCCACUUUACGAGCUAGUCUUGCUGAUCAGGUGAUCUUGUAUUUAUAUGUUUGGUUUGGAUGUAAUAUCUUUUGAGUCACUCUUCCGCCACUGCAUAUAUUUAACAGAUUCAUAGCUAUCACCUUUUCAGCAUUGCUGUUAAGCUCACCAUUGUUGACUCAACAAUUUGCCAUCACCUUCUAUCUAGGGAUAGCAACAAGUUUCCCCUGACUUUUUUGAAUCAGAUCUUUUUAAGAGGGACCACUACAAGAAUAAUAUGUUCUGCUGAGUAGAUUGUAAGAAAGUUUUUGGAAUUAUGCAAGCAAAUUGCCCUGAGCUGGAAGUCUGUGUCAUGUCAUUGCCCUGUCAUCAACUUACACUGCAGUCAGUAUCAUUUUCCUUUCUUCAAUUUACUAUUCUGGCUACCAAGAGAAGCCUGUUCAGAAUCAGUACUGGAAACUAUCAGGAAACUGUGGUCCAUAAUACUAUUCUGCUUCUACUUAUUAGAAUUUAUCUAACUAAAUGGCCUAUAUAUGGAGCCUAAGCAAUCUGAUUCCAACAGAAGAAACAUUUUCAUUCCCAUUCUCCAUAGUAAGACAUGGAAGCCACUAUCUUCAGUUUGACUGAGGGUGCAGUGAGGAGUCUUCUGUGCAAGUUUGGCUGCCUUCUCUCCCAGGAAAGGUGGUUGGUACAGGGUGUCCAUGGAGACAUACAGUUCAUCAAAGAUGAACUAGAGAGUAUGAAUGCCUUCCUCCGCACCCUCACCAUGUCAGAGGGCCAUGAUGAUCAAGUGAGAAUCUGGAUGAAACAAGUGAGGGAAAUUGCCUAUGAUGCUGAGGACUGCAUUGAUGAGUUCAUCCAUCAUUCCAGUGACAUGUUAGGAGUGGGUUUCCUUCGUCGGGUAAUGUGUAUUAUUGGAACGUUUGGUUGUCACCGUCGCAUUGCCAUCCAAUUGCAGGAACUGAAGGCACGUGCUCGGGAUGUUGGUGAGCGGCGCUCACGUUAUGGGGUGGUCCUAGCAAAUACCCUACUUUCCAGAGCUGCUAGCCCACAGUUCUUGAAGCAUGCCUCUCUUCAUCUAGAUCCACAGUUGCAUGCUCUCUUUACAGAAGAAGCUCAGCUUGUUGGCAUUGAUGAACCAAGGGAUGCGCUUGUAAGGUGGCUCAUGGAAGAUGAUCCCCGGCUUCGUGUGCUGUCAAUUGUUGGAUUUGGCGGCCUAGGCAAGACCACAUUGGCACGAAUGGUUUGUGAGAGCCCAGUAGUGAAAGGUGCUGAUUUCCAGUGUUGUCCGUUGUUCAUUGUGUCGCAAACCUUCAAUGUCCGGAACCUCUUUCAGCACAUGAUAAGGGAGUUGAUCCAGCGACCUCAUGAGGCAAUGGCAAUAGCGGGUGGCAAAUAUGGACAUUUCACAGAGGAAACCUUGGAGGGAAUUGAAAGGUUGGGAAUUGCAGUGCUUGCUGAGAAGCUUAGGAGAUAUUUACAAGACAAAAGGUAUAUUAUGAUCCUUGAUGACAUAUGGACCAUAUCAUCAUGGGAGAGCAUCAGAUGUGCACUGCCUGACAAUAUGAAGGGUAGCAGGGUAAUAAUUACUACUAGGAAUGAAGAUGUGGCCAAAACAUGCUGCUCUCAUCCCCAAGAUUGGAUUUACAAAAUCCAGCGAUUAUCAGAUGCUACAUCAAGAGAAUUAUUCUUUAAGAGGAUCUUUGGCUCUGCAGAUAAAUUACCACAUGAUGAGUUGGAGGAAGUAUCAAAUUCCAUUUUGAAGAAAUGUGGGGGUUUGCCUUUAGCAAUAAUGAGCAUCGGCAGCCUUCUUGCAAGCAAGACAGACAGAACCAAGCAGGAGUGGAAGAAGGUUUGUGAUAACUUAGGCUCUGAACUUGAAAGUAAUCCUACUCUGGAAGGUGCAAAGCUAGUCUUGACCUUGAGCUAUGAUGAUUUACCCUACCAUCUAAAGGCUUGCUUCUUAUAUCUAAGUAUUUUCCCUGAAAAUUAUGAGAUCAAGAGGGGACCUUUAGUUAGAAGGUGGAUAGCAGAAGGUUUUGUAAGUCAAAGGUAUGGAUUAAGCAUGGAGCAGAUCGCUGAAAGUUACUUUGAUGAGUUUGUUGCUAGAAGCAUUGUGCAGCCUGUGAGAAUCGACUGGAAUGGCAAGGUGAGGAGCUGCAGAGUUCAUGAUAUAAUGCUAGAAGUCAUCCUCUCUAAGUCACUAGAGGAGAACUUUGCAUCUUUCUUACGUGAUAAUGGAAGUUUAUUGGUUUCCCAUGACAAAAUCCGUCGUUUGUCCAUCCACAGUAGUCACAAGUUGGUGCAAGAAACAAGUCCCAGUGUAUCUCAUGUUCGCUCCUUCACAAUGUCUGCUUCUGUAGAGGACAUCCCAGUCUUCUUUCCACAGCUACGUCUGCUAAGAGUACUUGAUAUAGAAGGCUGCAGGUGCCUGAACAACAGCACUUUGGACUGCAUCUGCAGUUUUUUCCAGCUGAAGUACUUAAGCCUCAGAAAGACCAACAUAUGGAAGUUACCAAGGCAAUUAGGAAACCUGAAGCACUUGGAGACACUUGACAUUAGGGCAACACUAAUCAAAAGACUACCAGCCAGUGCAAACAAGCUCAGUUGUAUGAAGCAUUUGUUAGCUGGGCACAAGGAACUACUUACAAGGACGGGCAGUGUCAAGUUCUUCAAACAUUGCUCAGGUUUGGAGAUCUCUCCUGGGGUGGUCAGGAAUAUGGCAGCACUGCAAUCACUUGCUCAUAUAGUGGUUAAGGACAAGCCAUUGGUUCUACGGGAGAUUGGUCUGUCACAAAAGCUAAGGAAGCUUAAAGUCCUCCUUUGGAAUGUGAAAGUUAACUGGAAGGCAUUUGUCGGGUCUCUGGGGAAGUUGGCAUGCUCUCUUCACUCACUAUCUAUUCACAUUAUAGAUGAAAAGGAGCAUGACUCAUCUCUAGACAUUCUGGCUUUUGUAGAGUCACCUCCCCUGCUUGUCACUAAUUUUAGCCUCGUGGGUAAGUUGGAUAGUCUACCUCCAUGGAUAUCAUCGCUUCGAAGUGUCUCCAGGUUUACUCUUCGUCAAACUGGACUCCAUGCCGAGGCCAUACAAGUUCUAGGAGACCUGCCAAACCUGCUGUGCCUCAAGCUCUAUCACAAGUCAUAUGCUGAUGACUGCAUAGUCUUUCCCCUUGGUAAAUUUGGAAAACUGAGCAUGUUGGUUAUUGAUAAUCUGGAUAACAUUAACAGGGUGCACUUUGAGGAAGGUUCAGUCCCAAAUCUAGAGAGGCUGACAUUGUCAUUCCUACAAGAGCCAAAGGAUGGGAUCUCCGGUCUCAUAUAUCUCAAGAAGCUGAAGGAGAUAGAGUUCUUUGGUAACAUCAUACUUUCUGUCGUGAAUAAAGUGGUAUCAUGGGUGAAGACUCACCCGAAUCAUCCAAGAGUUAUAGGCGACAAAUGGAAUAUUGUAACUGAGUACGCCUAGGUAGCAAAAGCUUGAAGACGUUAUUUAACUCAUUUAAGUGUUAAGAAGGUAGCUAGUUGGGUGGGCCGUAGUCGCUAUAUGAUAAAAUGUAUUCGUGG